GAGACAAAAGGAAAUUUGGUGGCGACCAAUUCUAUAGAUAUGAGUAAUCGUGAUGAAUGCAUAUCUCGAAGUCAUUUGAUUCGGACUUCAGCGCGUUGGGAUUUGUCCAGCUCGUGCCGGGGGUCGGACACUGAAGUAUGAAAGAUCGAGGAAUGUUGGUGAAAUUGAACAUGCAAAAGUGCAGCCCUAAUUGUGGAGAAGAAGGCAAGCCAAGCAAGAAACCACUUACUGCGGGGCCGAUCUUUGGCUCGAGUCGUCCAUGGCAGCGGGGAGCAAUUGUGUCGACCUCUCCCCCGUGAGAGGAAAGACGUGGACGGUCUCGAGUUUCUUUCAUCGCCCCGCCUUUUAGCGAGCGAUGGAUGGAUGGAUGGAUGGCUGGGGCAGCAGCUGCCAUCGUCGUGUCCGUGUUCUAUCUGCUCAUUCGGCAAUCGAGGGAGGGAAUCAGAACUUGGGCGAGCCGCAGCAGCAACAACAACAGAGAAAAGCGACGAGGGAGCCCAUCGCCUCCCAAAAGCGAGACGCAAAAGCCUGUUCUCGUCACGCUUUGCUCCGUUGACGUCGACGCGACCAAAAUCCAAAAGGCGUGACACCAUUUCGUGCCUCGCGCACGAAAUCAAACUCGUCCAACCUUUCCUGCGCUCAACACCAACACAACAGCAUUCGGUGCAUCAACCCUCCGCAGCCAUAGCUUUCCAAUUCCCGAUUUUCUUUCCCGGUCGAUGGUUUGUCAAUUCCUCUUCGAAUUUCGAUACAGAAUUGCGUGCAGGACGCAGCUUGCAGCACUGUCAGGGCUCGUGUUCAAGUCCUUGCAUGAUUCCCACGCAAUUUGGAGUCAAUUUGUCGUGUCAAAUCUUCUGUACCUUCUGUAUUCUUGCUUUGGAGUUCAGAGUCAUAGAUGUCGAUUUUGAUAUCUUACAAAUGGACUGUACAGAAAUUUACCAAAGUAUGUAA